AUGACCAAUGCAAAUGGUUUUGUUGUACCUAAACCUGAAGCAAAAUGGAAUGAAGAAGAUGAGAAAAAGUAUAACUAUGAUUGGAAAGCCAGAAAUGUGCUCAUUGCCGCUUUAUGCGUUGAUGAGUAUUAUAGGGUUUCCCAUUGUACUAGUGUUAAAGCUAUAUGGGACUCAUUGCAAAUUACCCAUGAGGGAACCAAUGAUAUCAAACUAGCUAGAAGCAACACUUUAACUCAAGAAUAUGACCUUUUUCAUAUGGAAGAUGGUGAAACCAUUGUCGAUAUGCAAAAGAGAUUUUCUCAUCUGAUCAAUAGUACUCUACACAACGAGGCCAAGGAAGCUUUUAAACACUUGGCCUUAAAUAAGAAAAUUUUCAGUCAUUUAGAAAAGAAGAUUUCUGACUCCGAAAAAGAAUUAGAAACUCUUAAGAAAUCUAUGAUAGAGGCUACUAAAGGAAAAACAGAAGACGAUAAGGGAUUUUGGUUUAGAUGGAUACUCAUUCGUCCUGUUCUAAACAAAACCCCUUAUGAAUUGCUAAAGGGAAGGAAGCCUAAUGUUUCACAUCUUCAUAUCUUCGGAUGUAAAUGCUUUAUAUUAAACAAUGGUAAAGAAAACCUUGGUAGUAUUAUUGAUGGUGCAGGUGUUCCUUCGGAAGACAUAAUAAAAGAUCAAGAUGAAAAACGUGUUGAACACCAUCCGGAAAAAGCUGAGGAGGAGCCGGAUCAUAUUUCCAAAAAGAAAGAGGAGGAUCAUUCUAUUGAUAACAAUGAUCUUCCUUUAGAAUGGAAAUCUUCCAAGGAUCAUCCCAUCGAUAAUAUUUUAGGAGAUAUCUUAAAGGGAGUUACCACGCGGUCAAAGAUAACUAUGCAAGAGAAACUUAAUCAAUUCAAAAGAAAUGAGAUGUGGGAUUUUGUUCCCCCUCCGCGAGACCAUCGAGUAAUCGGCACUAAAUGGGUGUUUAGGAACAAGUUAAGCGAAAAUGGAGUCAUAACUCGCAAUAAGGCUUGCCUUGUUGCUCGAGGGUAUCAAUCAUGUCCCAAAGAAUCAUAUUUAAAAGCCGUCAAGCGCAUACUUAGAUACCUCUGUGGUACUUCAAAGUAUGGGAUUUGGUUCUUUAAGGGAAGUGAUUGCUCUUUGGUUGGUUACUCCGAUUCCGACUUUGCCGGUUGCAAAUCGGAUUGGAAAAACACCAGUGGCACUUGUUUUUUUAUUCAAAUUCCUUGGUAA